CAGGAAUCUAGAUAUUUUAUCAUUCAUUGCUUAUGGCCAUUGUUAUCUCAUAUCUGUAUUUAAUCACCAGAGGAUAAACACUCAAUCCCAUAUCGGUUCUUGCAUUUUCACCUAUUGCACUUGGUUUCUCUAACCCUUAUCGGAAUAUCCUCUCCGGUGGGUUUUUCCGGCAGUACGAUGAGGCAAAGGAUAGUUCUGAAGAUGGAUAUGAGCGAGAGUGAGAAAUCAAUCAAGAAAGCUAUGAAAAUUGCAUCUGGAGCAUCUGGUGUGAGAUCUGUCUCGAUUCAGGGACAGAACGAUCAGCUGGUUAUAAUUGGAGAAGGGAUUGAUACGGCGGAGCUAACUCGUGAACUUCGGAAGAAAGUUUGUCACACGACCAUUGUCACAGUUCAGGCCGCACCACCACCGCCGCAGCCAUCGCAGCAGCAGAAGCAGCCACCGCAGCCGCAUCUGAUGGAAUAUCACAAUGAGAUGGCUCCGGCGAGAAGAUGCAUAUGCGAGAUACCGAAUUUGGGUUACUGUGGAUUUUGUAGAUCUAUGCGUGAAACCCCUUACCAGAUGGUACCUUCUCCGUAUCCACCUCCGGUGAUGUACGGUGGUUACCGUGAAGAUUCUGAUAAUUGCAGAAUCAAGUGA